AUGGUACCCAAUGGUAGGCCCCCCAGGCCAGUAGGUAUCCAAAAAGUGACUGGGGAAGAGCAAGGAUCAUUUACGAGUAAUCCAGGAUUUUAUGACGCAAAUGGAGGAAAUCCUUCGGGAAGCCCAGAUGCUGAUGCUGCCUGCGAUGAAAGAAAGAAUCUGCGCUGCAUGAAAACGCAUAAGAUCUCAACAUGGAACGUCCGCGGAAUGAGUCAAGGGAAACUGGACAUCAUCAAGCAAGAAAUGAUCAGACUCAACAUAGAUUUGCUUGGAAUCAGUGAAUUACACUGGAAAGAUAACGGCCACUUCCAAUCGGACAACUUUUCAGUGUAUUAUUCUGGUCAUCAAGAACUUAGAAGAAACGGAGUGGCUGUCAUAGCACACAAGAACAUCGCCCAUACAGUCGAGAGCUACGCCACCAUCAGCGACCGCAUAAUGGCCAUCCGUAUCCGUGGAAAACCGCUAAAUGUCACGGUUUUACAAGUCUAUGCUCCAAAAACAGAUGCUCCAGAAGAUGAAAGCGAACGCUUUUAUGCCAAAAUCGAGGAAGCACUGGAACAGGUGCCCAAAAAGGAUAUCAUUUAUAUCAUGGGCGAUUUCAACGCGAAGGUCGGCAGUCACGAAGAGGUGAACAUCAUAGGCCGGUGUGGACUGGGCGAAAGGAACGACGCUGGUGAUCAUUUAGUCCAAUUCUGUCAUGAAAACCAUCUCAGGGUCUCAAAUACAUGGUUCAUUCAACCGAAACGCCAUCUGUACACCUGGACAGCCCCCAAUGGACAGCAUUGCAAUCAGAUAGACUACAUUCUUUGCAGUCGAUGCUGGAAAAGUUCAGUCCUCGCCAUCAAAACUUUCCCUAGUGCUGACUACGGUUCUGACCAUGAACUGCUUGUAGCCACCAUCAAGGUGAAAUUCUGCAACAUCAAAAAGAAUGCUCCACCAAAGCGUUUUGAUGUCUCCAAGGUACCUGUUUCAUAUGCAGUCGCAGUGAAGAACAGAUUCAAACUGCUUGGCAAUGCAAACAAACAGCCGGACAAAUUGUGGCAGGAAUUCCAAUCCACGAUUAUCAAAACAGCGCAGGAACACAUACCAUACAAGAAACUAGAGAAAAGGAGCAAGUGGCUGUCGGCAGAAACCAUCAAAAUUGCCGCUCAAAGAAGAGCAGCCAAAGCCGCUGGGGACCGAGACGAGGCUAGGAGGUUAAACGCAGAGUUUCAAAGUGCAGCAAGGAAGGACAAAAAGCAUACUGGGAUCAGUGACGCAAGCAAAUGGAGGAGGACUGUCGAAAAGGUCACACCAGAAAUCUCUUUGCGCAGGUCAAGAAAAUUCGAUAUCCUUUCACUUCCCGCAAAGGAGCAAUCAAAGACAAGAACGGGAAGGUCCUGA